AUGAUUGAAACUGGCAGCGCGGAUAACGCAACAGCUGUAACACCAGCGGCAAACACGGAUGAAGAUGACGACAUUGCUAGAUCAGAAGCGACAUUCCGUUUUACGGUACAAAACAUAAGCCAAUUGAAAGACCAAGUACUUUCGCCGCCAUGCUUCGUACGGUGCCUGCCUUGGAAGAUUCUGAUUCUACUGAGACAUACGACGACGCCAGAACGUCAGCAACAGAAGGCGUUGGGCGUGUUCCUGCAAUGCAACGGUGACUGCGAUUCUCCAGGCUGGUCUUGUUAUGGACUUGGAGAACUGAAGCUGCUGUCCCACAAACCUGAUGGUGGUCAAGCGCUUUGUCGGAAGCUUCAUCAUAUGUAUCACUGUAAAGAAGACGAUUGGGGUUUCGCACACUUCAUAUCGUGGGAUGACCUCAUGGAAAGUGAAAAUGGCUUCGUAAAGGACGAUUCUAUAACUAUUGAGGCUCAUGUCAUGGCUGAAGCACCACAUGGUGUCUCGUGGGACUCCAAGAAACACACCGGAUUCGUUGGGCUCAAGAAUCAAGGAGCAACAUGCUACAUGAACUCCCUACUCCAAACGUUGUUUUUCACCAACGUGCUUCGUAAGGCUGUCUACAAGAUUCCGACAGUCGGCGAUGACAGCUCCAGAUCGGUUGCGUUUGCCUUACAACGCGUAUUCUAUGAUCUUCAGUUCUCAGACAAGCCGGUCGCGACUAAGAAACUGACGAAGAGUUUCGGAUGGGAGACUUUGGACUCGUUUAUGCAGCAUGAUGUCCAGGAAUUCUUGCGGGUACUACUAGAUAAGUUAGAAAACAAAAUGAAAGGGACAGUAGUGGAGGGAACCGUGCCAAAGCUGUUCGAGGGUAAAAUGACGUCAUUCAUAAAGUGCAAGAACGUUAACUGUACGAGCACGCGCGUUGAAACCUUCUACGAUAUACAACUCAGCGUCAAGGGGAAGAAUAAUAUCUACGAGUCGUUCAAAGACUACAUCAGUACGGAGCUUCUGGACGGCGAGAACAAGUACGACGCGGGGGAACAUGGUCUCCAAGAGGCGGAGAAGGGAGUGAGGUUCGAUGUCUUCCCGCCGGUGCUGCAUCUGCACCUCAUGAGGUUCCAGUACGACCCACAGAGCGAUGCCUCCGUCAAGUUUAAUGACAGGUUCGAGUUCUACGAGGAGGUGAACCUAGACCCGUACCUGCAGGAGAUCCCGACGAUACCAGCCCACUACACGUUACACGCGGUGCUGGUACACUCGGGAGACAACCACGGAGGUCACUAUGUGGUCUUCAUCAACCCUAGGGGCGACGGGAAGUGGUGCAAGUUCGACGACGACGUGGUGUCGCGGUGCAGCAAGCAGGAGGCCAUCGAGUACAACUACGGCGGCAAGGAGGACGCGCCGUACCUCGCGCGGCGCGCCACCAGUGCAUACAUGCUCAUAUACAUACAGACAUCACAACUGAAAUACGUGUUACAAGACUGUACAGAGGGAGACAUCCCGACCGACCUGUGCGAGCGCAUCAGCGAAGAGAUGCGAUACGAGAUGGUAAGAACAUGCGGCAGAAAAAUAAGAUGCAGGAAAUUUAAAUCUGACACGUCAGUCACCUCCGCCAAGUACUAUGCGAAGAUAUUCAGCGCACUAAAACAGUUCUUCACUUUGCAGGCCCUAGCCGGCUCUAAAUAUAAAGGAAGAUAA